AUGGCUGAUGUAGUUCAUCGUAUUAGCGAAUUAUCGCAUACGCGUCACUCAUGGUUUGGUUGUUCUGACGAUGAUGCAUGUAAUCGUCUAAACCAUCGUCAUACUGUUCUUAUGUUAUUGAUAUUUUCGGCCAUCCUUACGUCACGUUUGUUUAUUUCCGAUGUAAUUAUUUGUUGGACACCCGGUGAAUUUACAGGGAAUUUUGUUUCGUAUACGCGUCAUUAUUGUUAUGUAACCAAUACUUAUUAUAUAUCCAUGAAUGAAACAAUUCCAACAUUAAGUAAUUCUCAUAUGCGUCGUAAACGUUCAAUUUAUUAUUAUCAAUGGUUGCCAAUAUUACUUGCCUUUCAAUCGUUGCUAUUUUUAAUUCCACGUUUAAUUUGGAGUAGUUUUAGUUCACGCUGUGGAAUUAAUUUACAGCAUUGUUUAUCACCGAAAUUCGAUUAUCGAACAAGUCGCUAUAGAGUUCAUCAUAUAACAGCCAUGCUUAAUUUAUUAGCACGUGCUAAACAACAUGAUUAUAACCGUAUAUCAACGAUUGAAAGCGUUGAUAGCAGUGGUUUUACAUCUAACAUGCAAUUCUUUAAAACAUUUUGUAUUCCAUUUCUAUUAUUAAAUGAAAAUCCAUUUCAUGGUUAUUAUCUUGCAAAUUUAUUUCUUAUUGUUAAAAUACUUUUUCUAAUUAAUUCAUCGUUACAAUUAUUUUUGUUAAAUGCAUUAUUAACCAAAAAUUCAAUUCUCUACGGUGUUGAAGUUAUUGAAAAUUUUCGUCGUGGUGAAUAUAUUGUUGGCUCAAGGAUAUUUCCAUUGAGUGUCUAUUGUGAUUUUAAUAUUAUUAAAAUUGGUCAACCAACCGCUUAUACAGUUCAAUGUUUAUUACCGAUGAAUGUGUUUAAUGAAAAAAUCUUUACUAUUAUUUGGUUUUGGUUAGUUUUUUUAACGAUAACAAAUUUAAAAAGUGUUUUAUUAACAAUAAUUCGUAGUAGUUUUCAUCAAUUUAAUUAUUCUUACAUUGCGAACUAUCUAGAUUUAUAUUCGAAAAAAGAACGUUUUAAAAGGCAUCUACUUGUUAAACGUUUUAUAUUUGAUUAUUUAUCAGCCGAUGGUAUAUUAAUAUUGAGAUUAAUAUCGGAAAAUAUUAGUGAUCUAUUAACAAGUGAAGUUAUUCAUGAACUCUGGAAUGAAUAUAAGAAACUAUCGAAUUUAUCAUCAACCAAUCGUGAAAAAUAUCAACGAUUAAAAGCUAGUGGUCAAACAUCGACACACAUUUUAACAUCAAAUAAAAAUAUUCAUUAUCGUCAUUGA